CUACAAAUAAAGCGAAGGUUGUCCAUCGAAUCCCGGUUUGAUAUCUACAGCCUAUUACCGACAGUUCGACCUAUGGCAUCUCUGCGACAGCUUUGGGGGCCAACCUAGGCCAACACCGAAAAGGCCCGUUUUUCGAGUUGCAGUCUCCGUGGAGUAAUAACGUUUACAUAUAAGAUGCUUUGAAAGGCCCACCGCCUGGUAUGGCGGCUUCCUUCCGCCCUGCAAAUUGAAAGUGGCCAUGGGAAAAGUAUCUGCAAAGAACCAGAACAGGCGGCCCGUAAACUACUGGAGCCGGUUUAACCAGUGGUGGCGACAUGUCCUAGAGGAAAGCGGCCGACGUCCUGAUGCGGCAGCCAUAAACCGGUGGUAUGAGGAGAACGCACAAUCAACAUGGCCUCCAAACGAUAUGCCGACGAUGCUGGAGACUCGAAUCCAUGCGAAGUGCCUGCGAAGUGUGGACGAGGUUCGAAACUACUUCCGGGCUUACCGAGCGCAGCGACGGGGCGACGCUGUACCUCGCAGCGACUUCACGACUGACAUAGAUGAAUCCGCCGCCCAGACGGCUCCAGACACCGUGACGGCUGCAGCACGCGUCGUCCAAAGCCGAGCCGGUGCAGCCGCAAGUAGCAAAGCCAGUGCGCAUCCCCUGGCGCCUACUCCAGCCGGCGUUUCAAAGGUGGUGGGUUCCGCAACCGCCAGGACCUCCAAGCCUGCCAGCCAAAGCAGCGUGUCGCUCCUCCUCACGCCCCAUGCCCACUCACACAAGGCAUCCGACGGCGGUUCCAGCAUCGUAGCGGGUCCUAGUGCAACCGGUGCAGUUGACGUCAGCAACUGGAACCGAGUAUGGCAGCACAACACCCUGAACGCCAUUACCACAGGUGCCGCCUUGGGCACUGGUGUCAUCGCCGGCUGUGGCGGCCAAGCUGCACGUCAGCACCACGUCGUUAGCAGCGCUGCUGGCCUGUGCAACGGCGGCGAGCUCCGUGCGGCGGCACCGCCCGGCGGCGCCGGUGCGGCCUCGGCUGUUGCGGCUACAGAGUGCCCUAAUCAGGUCAAUGCAGCUGGUGGGCAGCCGGCGCCUCCGCAGCAGCAACCUCAGCUGUUCCUGAACUCACAACAGCAGGCGUUUCUUGCGCAGCGGCAGCAACCUGCAGGAGGCACCAGUGCCGACUUCAACGGUGCACCCGGCAGUUCAACGCAACUGGCGUUGCUGUCCCAGUCAGUGACAGCGGCGGCGGCGGUGGUGUUGCAGCCGCCACCGUCGGCAAGGCAGCAGCAGCCCGUAACGCUGCAAGACCGGCAACAACCGAAUCCCAACACAGCUGCGGGCCAAGCAGAGCCCUUGGGGGGUGUUUGGCCGCCCGUUUUGGUUGCGUCCUCACAGCAGCCAUUUGGGCUGCUGCAAGCUGGCCCCUCCCAUCAGCAGCAACAGCCCUUGCUGCAGCCGCAGCCGCACCUGAUGGCCUGCGCGUGGCAACCGACCGUCCAAAGCGGCGGACCCGACGUCCAACAGCGUGCGACUGACUGCGGUAACAGUGCGGCUCCUGCUGCCGAGGAGCCUACGACGCAACAGACGGCUCAGGCUGCUGCGCCGUGGGAUUCCUGCAUGGCUAGGGAGGGUGAGGUAGCGGUAGCUACGCCCAUGGAGGGUGUGAUAUGCGGCCUGCCAAAUGAUGGCGGAGAAAAGGUGGAAGGGAGCUGGUUCAUGGUGCAGUAUCCAGCGCCGAGUCAACAGCAACAGCAGCCGACUCCUAUGGACCGCGGUACAGUAGUGGCCGACGCUGGGAUCUGCGUGUUAGACGUAGCUGUUGGAGACAAGCUGCAGCGGCAGCAACCGGAAGCUGGGCCUUCAAGCGGAAAUCCGUCGCCCGACGCGCCCAGCACCGUGUCCCACAUCACACCCCCAGCGCAGCGUACCUUCCAGGUGGCUGACCUAUCCGGGUUGCUAUCGCCCGGCAGCUGGCUCACUGCCCAACUCGAGGAUCAUGACAUGGACCUCACCCUCUGCGGCGAUGACUCCGAUGCCGCACCGGGGCAUGCAGUACAGGGGCAAACGCCGCACGAAUGUGCCACGAAGGCGGAUGCGGCUCGAGACUCGGAGGCGGGAGCCACGUGGCUCGGGGCCCUAUCGUCCUCGGUGGUCGAGACCGGGGCUGGCCGGGAGAAUGCCAUGCAGCCGGUUGACCCCGGCAGGCAGCUGCACGGUUGUCGCAGAGGCAUGGGAUCCGAUUGCGGUGCGCCUGCCAGGACGAUCACGACCAGCAGCGGCAGCAGCGUGCUGCCAGAACAGCCCCAGCACAGCGACCCGCAGUACGGCUGUCAUGGUCCUCAUUACCCUCAGCAGCAGCAGCAGCUCAUGCAUGAACAGCAGCAGGCUCAGCCGUCUGGGUUGUACCACGUGCAGGUGAAGCAAGAGCAGCCGCCGCAGGGACCACCACAGCUACUGCAUCGAGGGCAAGGUUUUAUAGGCGGCGGUCAAGGCCAAGCGCACGUCGAGGUCGCAGCCAGUGGGCCCAUGCAGCAGCAACAACGAGGUGGCGCUGAGAAGCAGCAAGAGCAUGCGGCGGGCCACUCCGCCUCCGCUCCUUUGCCGCCGCUGCCACCUUUGCCGCCCCGGCUACAGCUGCAGCACAUGCAGGAGUUACUGCGCGCACGGAUCAGCCAGCUCGUCCACUCCCGCAACUUGGCCGCCAGGUCAGGAGCCAUAACAGCGGUAGCCUCCUCCCCCUCUCUGAGCUCUAUCAGUGGCGGCACCAGUAGCAAUUCCGCAUGCGCCAACAACAGCCACCUACUUGCAUGGGGCAGCCAGCAUACCUCAGCACCCCUGCCGCCCCAACAGCACCCAGCCUCUAGCCAGCAAACAUCUGUGGCCACGCAGCUCCCUCGACCCCUUUGCAUGUCGCAACGUGCCGUGGCCUCCGGUGGCGGCACUGCCAGCAAUGGCCCUGCACAACCGGUGGGGCCACCCAUAGUCCGUGCGGGUUCCUGGUCCCAGGGCGAUGCAAGCGCCCGCAACCCACUGUUGGCAGCACUCGUAGCCCGACCCAUCAACGUGGCUCAUUUAGCCCAGCAGCUCCGCCUAGGGCAACAGCUAGGGCACUCCCUUUCGGGCCCAGUACCGGCCGUGGAGGCUGCAAACCGCGGUGCGCCAGGGGGCAUGCAGCCAUGGGCCCGGCGGCACAGCCAGCCUGGCAACGCCACGCAAGCAGUGCCUCAAGGACACCAGCAGCUGGGCGGCGUGCCAGGUUGUCCUGUUACGGAGUUGCUGCGGCAAUGGCAGCAUGCCGGGCAGCCAGGAAGGGUGGGGCCGCAGGCGCAAGGGGACAAGUCGCUAGGUGCUGCUUGUGGAGGUGGGCCGCCAAGCACUUGGGGCGCGGUUGGGGAAGGCAAUCGCCAGGCUACCUGUGCCGGACCCAACGCAGCUACGGCGGCCAGCUCAGGCGCCGCUGCAGCCCCACUCAGCAUUCGUACCGCAAACGCCCCACAGCCUCAUGGCGGCAGCGGGGCCCCAGCUUCGCAGCGGCCGCCUCUGACGAGAACAUUCUCCGCUCCUGCCACUCCUGGGGCUUUAACGAGCGCGACGGGUGUGAACAUGCCUGCGUUCUCCAGCAGCACAGGUCUUCCGCAGGCGCAUCCCCUGCAACAAGACCUGACCCCGCAACAGCAGCAGCCGCAGGUAACGGGUGGUCCGGGCCUUGGGACGCCGGGCCGGAGUCUGGGUGCGGGUUUGUUGGGCAGUCCGCCGGGCUGCUGGGAUGACAACGCACUUGCUGAGUUUGAGGGUGAUACCCUGUGGCUUAGCGCCCUGCUGUCACCUAGCGCAUCGCCGGCGCCUGCAUCCCUGUUUGGGUGAGCUGGAGGGGGGCUGCUCCGCUGCAUGGGUAGGGCAGUUAGCGCGGUAAUGGAAGGAACUGCGGUGGCUGUGACGAAGUUGGAGCCGGUGGUGAAGGGUCGUCGCCAUCCUGACAGGUGUGAAAGUUGGGGCAGCAGCACCGUUGGGGCUGUGGGCAGGGGGCCUGCUAACGUGUGUUGGAUGAUUGGAUUUGUGGAGAAGGCUGUACAGAGAGAACCCUGCCUGUGAUUAGGUUUGCUGUUGUUUAUUGUCAGGGGGCAAUUGUAACGGCCAUCGCUGUUGUGUGAACCCCGCAUGUUGCUUGUAUUGAAACCAGUUGCGAAAGCAUGAAGGGCUGCGCCACCCAAAGUUGCGUUGUUGGAGCAAGAACAGAGGCGACGGGAAGCAGGAUUUGGAGGAUGGAUGGCGGACAUUGGCAUUGCUGACUGUUGUUGUAGCUGCCGUCUUUUCCACCGGGGGUUGGCGACCAUUCCGUCGCCCCGAUUGCGUCGAAGCCGGGAGUCUUCUUGCAGCAUAACGGUGAACAGUUUUAGAGGGAGAUAGGCUAGGUGUUUUUCUCUGAGGACGAUUACAGGAGGGUGGCAGGGAAGCCUCUUGCAGCACUCCAUUUCACGCGGUGCAGGAGGUUCCAGUUGGUACUUGUACUGCAGGGGUUUCCAUGCGUGGAUCAAGCAACGUCACAUCCAUGCGUACCAAUCAGUUUCAAUCACCUGAACUUGGGCAUUAUGUACUGAUACGCUGCGGCUAUUGGUUGUGAGAUCGUUGCCUACACAUGCGUUUGUUGACCUUGUGUUGAUUAGCAGCAGCUCGGUAUUUAUGUUGAGUCCAUG